CCAAAUUUCUCAUCCAACCCCAUAAACACACACACACUCUACUUCAAACCACAACACAAUACCAAAAAAAUGAACACCAAAACAGCAUGCCUAGCAAUUCUUGCACUAGCAACGCUAGUCCUUGCCCAAGUGGAGGUGUCCACAGCCGUGACCUGCAACCCCCUGCAGCUGAGCCCCUGCGCGGCCGCGAUCACUUCAUCGGGGAAGCCCAGCGGCACCUGCUGCGCCAAGCUCAAGGAGCAGAGGCCGUGCCUGUGCCAGUACAUGAGGAAUCCCAAUCUACAGAAGUUUAUCAAGUCUCCUGGUGCAAAGAGAGUCUCUAGUGCUUGCCGCAUUCCCUAUCCUAAAUGCUAAAUCACAACUAUUUCUAUUGUUCUUCAAGUGUGACAUGUUUUUAAUUACGUCCUCCUACUUAUUAGUGUGGCAUGCUUUAAUUACGUACUACUUAUAGUUUAUAGCUAGUUCUCAUCUAUAUAGAUGUUUAUUUCUAUGAUGAUGAUGAGACGUGAGUGUAAUGUGUUACUUGAGAUGUACUAGUGUUAAUGCCAUAUUUCCUGCUUCGACCUUUGGUUUGUUUGCUGGAUUUUACUCUCGUUUGUUAUGGGAAGCUUUUUAAAAUUUUCUUUGAA